AAUUCAGUCCGAAGUGAGGCACGGUCCAUGCAACAGGUCCAAUAAGCGCCCAGACGUCAUUUUUAAUACGAUCCAGGCACACGCGUGCCGGUAACCGAGCAUUGUGCGUGAAAUCCGCACUAAAUACAAUCGAAAUACGAUAUUUACGGGGACAUUUCUCGAUUUUUAUCAUUGUUGAGUGAUAGCGAAGUGCACACGUGAAGUUGGGCGAGGUUAACCGCGCACACAGAAAUUGGGUCAUGGUAUACCAAUUUAAUUAGUGAUGCUUAGCUGAGGUUAACGGCGAUACUUGCGAAAUCAGGAUGGAGGAGUUGAAGAAAGAAAUCAAUUUAGACUCGGUGCUGGAGAGCCUGGGCCCGUACGGACGGUACAAUCUGCUGAACUUCGUACUGUUGCUGUACCCAAUACUGCUGAGUAGUUUCUUUGAGUGCGGUUUCAUUUUUGAGGCAAGAGAGAUCGCGUACAGAUGCCAAGUGGACGGCUGUGAAGACAGAUUCAAACUGAACGAUACCUCCUGGCUAAACCACGCUAUACCCCUAGACCCAGAUACACAAAAGCCAUUGUCUUGCCUUAGAUACUCUGUACUGAACACCACAGAUGUGAAUAAUCUGCAAUGUGUGAAAGAGGAGUUUUCCAAUAAGACUGAGAAGUGUUCUAGCUAUGUUUAUGAAGAGGAACACUCUUUUGUGAAAGAGUUCGACCUAGGCUGUCAAGAAUGGAAGCGCGCCCUAGUGGGCACCAUCCACAACUGUGGAAUGUUCGUAGCCAUGCUCUUCACUGGCGCGAUCUCAGACCGAUUCGGCCGAAAAGUCGCCGUCGGAUUCGCCUCGUGCGCAUGCUUCGUGUUCGGAUUCUCGCGAGCAUUCGCGCCGAAUUACAUCGGGUUCUUGAUCUUGCAUUUCUUUGAGGCUGGCUUCGGAGGCGGACUGUACCCGUCUGCUUAUGUUUUCAUUGUCGAGCUGGUCGGCGUGAAGCAGCGUGUUAUAGUCUCAGCUAUGUGCAACAUGACUUUCGUCAUCGGCGUCGUCCUCAUCGCCCUCCUAGCGUGGGUAGUCGACAACUGGCGGACGUACAUCAUGAUCCUCUACAGCCCCGCCAUCAUUGUCGUCAUGUACGUUUGGUUCAUGAACGAGAGCGGACGCUGGCUGCUCAGCAAAGGCAGGAGAGACGAAGCCGUCGAUGUCUUGAAAAAAGCAGCCAAAAUCAACAACCUAGACCCGAGAAAAUUGGAACUUGACGGCUUAGCUGAUCCGUUAUUGAAGCCGCAGAACCAAACUGGUGAUAAAAAAUCCCAGUUAUCAAAAGCGAUUCGGUCCAGCAUCAUUUGGAAGCGACUGCUUAUAUGCUCGUUUCUAUGGAUGACCUGCUCAUUAGUGUACUACGGUUUAUCUAUCAACUCAGUGUCAUUGAGCAGCAAUAAGUAUGUGAGCUUCAUGCUGGUAGUCCUUGUGGAGAUACCGGCGUAUAUCGUGGUUGUGAUUGUAUUAGACAAGUAUGGGAGGAAAAAGACGCUGAUUGCGAACUAUGUGACGUGCGCUGUGACGAGCUUGCUGUUCGCGUUUCUGCCGAGAUCUGACUGGUGGUCUAUCCCGCUGUACCUCAUCGGCAAAUGGAGUGUGACGCUGGCCUACAGCUCGGUCUACAUCUACGUGUCCGAAGUGUUCCCCACCAACAUGAGGCAGACACUCAUCAGUGUGUGCUCUACUGCUGGCAGGAUCGGCUCUCUGGUGGCUCCGGUGACGCCUCUAUUGUCGCUCUACCACAAGUCGAUGCCAACAGUGAUAUUUGGCAUCAUGUGCAUGAUAUCCAGCCUGCUGGUCCUCAUGUUGCCGGAGACGAGGAACAUGAGGCUCCCAGACACCAUCGAGGAGGCCGAGGAGCUGUACAGGAUGAAGAGCAAAACGGUAGACGAAGACAUGUUGUGAGAAUAACUUUAGUUCUUGGAUCCUCUAAGUUGAUUUGAUAGUAUUACCAGAGUUAAUACAAAUUAGUAGGUCAUCUUCAUAGAAACACACCGAGCGCGGUUUGUAUGUGAGCGCGCCA